AUGCGUCGGCCUCGAAUCGCCCGCGCCCCCGCGACGCCGACGCGGCUCCCCGCCCCCCCUCGCGUCAGCCUGCCCGCCCUCCCGCCGGCCCACCGCCCCCGCUCCCCGUCGGCCUUCUUCCAGGGCUCGGGCCCGGCCCGCUGCUCGCGCCUGCGCGCAGGCCACAGAUCCUCCUCUGCGCGCGCCCUGCCCCCCACACGCCCUCGCUCGAACACACACUUCGCCUCUGUGACCCCGCCCCUCGCCGGCCAGCUGCGCCGGCGGCCCUCCCCCACCUCUUCUGGGAGGAGGGGAGAAGCGCCCCAUUCCCCUUCAACCGCCCUCUUCGCGAGUCAGCCCGUCACAGUCGCACAACCUGAGGGCCGGGCGGCCUGGGCGAGGGCAGCCGUUGCCCGCCUCAAAGCGGGGUCUCCCGGGGUCAGGCUGCUGGGCCCGGCCGGCCAGACUGCCCAGGGCGAGGGGGCGCAGGGAAGGGGCGCCUUCCCGCCGGCUGCCCUCCCCUCGCGCGCCCGCCGAUGGGCCGAGGCCGGCCUGCCCGCCAUCACCGGGCAGGCCCUGGCGCCCCCGCCGCGGGGCCAGCCCGCCCUCGGCUCGGGGGGCUCCUCGGUGCAGCAGCCCGGCCCCGCCUCACCCACUCCUCGCCGCUCCGAAGGGGCAGGAAACGGGAGUAGCAUGUCUGUCCUGGGCUCGGCUCCCCCGGGGGAGCUCCGGGCGCUUGACAAGGGCGUCCACAGGUACCAGGCGCGGGAGUGGUCGCCGCGACGGCCCGGGGGCGGUGGCGGCCGGCGCGCCCACCGCGGGCCCGAGGCGCCCGGGGAGGUGGCCCUGCAAGCCCCCGCUCCUCGGCCACGCUCAGGUUUCCGCAGCGCCCGUGCCCCCGGCGGCCCGGGUGGGACGUGACCCCGCCCCCGGCGAGUCGGGGCGCCCCCCUUGGAGGGGUGCGCGAGCCGUCCCCAGCCCGCGGGCCGACCCCGCCGCCCCGGGCCGCGGCGGGCGCUGGAGGCCCGGCCGGGAAGAUGUCUUCUCUCGGUGCGCGCAGCUUCGCGCGAGGGUCAGCGACGGGGCAGCGGCCGCCGAGCCGCGCCAGCCCUGCCCACGAACGGGCUCCCGCGGCUCGACAGCUGCCCGACGGGCUAGCAGGCUGGGGACGUCGACGGAGCCCGGCCAGAGGAUUAUUGUGGAGUCAAAUGGACUAAUGAACAGCUUCCUAUGGAAGCUGGAAGACAAUAUAUUUAGAAAGGAUUGGGACUUCCCUGGUGGCGCAGUGGUUAAGAAUCCGCCUGCCAGUGCAGGGGACUCG